AUGUACUCCUUCUUUUAUCCAGCUUAUUUUGAGAGACAUUUUACCACUUAUUUCUGGGGGUUGGUAAAUACAGGUGAAAAUAUAACCAAUUCGCUACUCGGAAAUAUUUUACAGUGGAGCAUUCCUGAUAUUACGCAACCUUCCUUAAUGGCAGCUCAACGACUUGCAUCAGGCGAGCUUCUUCUUCGGGAAUGGUAUGCAGCGAAUCAAGGAUUUUGUACGACUCUGUGUAAAGAUAAUUCUGAAGAGACCAUAAACAAAAUAUCAAGCAGAGCUUUAGCGUCCGUUUCAAAUGGAACAACAAAUCUAUUAAAUUCAUCUAUUUCUAGUUAUGCGUUUGGUUCAAAUAUCGCUAAUGGUAGAUCAGAAUAUUUAAAAAACAAUAAUUUCGAUGGUACAGAGCAGGCAAGACCACUCUGCAUGACUGGCCUGUCAGAUACCGUUUUUCCAAUUGAGCAGGACGAACCAUUGGAUUUAAGCUCGAAGACGACAUUGCAGAUGGCAACGAGAAAUGCCUUAGCAGCACGAAGAGUUCGUGAUUUUGAUAGCCUGGAAGUCUCCAGCAGCAAUGUCGCUUCAUCAUCAGAUGCUCCUCCAACAUCAUUUUCUACGUCAUUUGUUGGGGAAAAUAAAAUUGCUGCGGCAUUGCUGGCAAACAGUCUUAGGAAAUCAACACGGAAAUCAACCACGAAGCGUAGUUAUAGCCAAGCGGAUUUGGAUGCUGCUGUCAAGGAUAUUCGUAGUGGUCUAUUGGGGACUCGACGAGCGAGCGUGGUUUAUGGAAUUCCUAGGUCAACGUUACGCAACAAAAUUUACAAGCUGGACGCGGCAGAAGCGCAAAGCGGUGAAUCGAGUAGUUCUAAACGCCGAAAGUAUGGUAUUCAUCAAACUUCCGUUCUAGGUUUACGAAAAUUGAAAACUCGAAAGAAGGGUGCUAACAUAAGUUUUGACGGGACAGAGGAAUCUCAGUCCGAAGAUGCAUCUUUGUUGAAAGCAGUUAGAGCACUAAACGGUAACAGUGACGUUAGCAAGAAUACACUGAACGUUGGCUUUAAUCACUGUGGCUACGAAGAAGAUUCCAGUAAUAUGCCGUCCGGUGCCUCCUCUACUGGUUGGUUACAUAAUGUGGACUCUAUACUGACUGUUAAUAUAUCAGCAAAUUUUAAACCGACAGAGACAGAUGAAGUAAAAGAUGACCACAGGUCUUUGACUGGCAUAAAUAAAGCAGAAAAAAGACCAAGGCCAAAACGGGGACAGUACAGGAAAUAUGAGAAAAAAACGCUCGAAGAAGCAGUGAAAUCUGUACGUCGUGGUGAAAUGUCGGUUCAUCGAGCCGGUAGUUACUACGGGGUACCUCAUUCAACACUGGAAUAUAAGGUCAAGGAACGGAAUUUAUCCAGACCUAGAAAAUACCAGGACUGUAUUGAAAGUAGUUCACCGGAAUCUGGUAGUUUCAAAAAAAGACGUGUUGCUUCAGCAGCGGCAGCAGCAGCGGCAGUAAUUUCAUCAAUUUCUAAUACCGCUGGAUACAUAGAACGUUCGGAAAACGAAGCUACUAGCUCCGACAUGAUUACUCCGACCAUUAUUUCGGAAAAAUAA